UCAUUUUAAUGGAAGACCUCCAGCUGAGGUGAAUGUGAAUGGCCACCUUAAGACAACUGUUGCUAUCUGUUGGAAAAUAGCAAUAGCGCAGACUUGGUGCAUUUAGGCUAUGAAAAUAGACUUCAUUUCCAGGUUGCAGCAAUUUAAUAAUAAUAACAAUAAAAGGGAAUAUAUAAGAGGGAAGAAUUUUUCCUCCCAGAGAAAAAUUCAUAUAGCCAAAAAGGCGAAGUAGCGGAGAAAAAAAAAGGAGGGACUUCAU